CGCGCGCUCGCGGCCGCUCCCGGGUGGCGGCGCCUUGCUGCGCCUGCGCCGCCUUUCACCCGCCGCCUUCCCCAUGGCUGCCGUGGAGACGACGCCGCCGGCGGUGGUGGCAACGGCGUCGGCGGCGUCUCGCAAGCGACGGCCGCCCAAAGGGCAGUACUCGCAGGCGGCCAAGCGAGCCCGGCCGGGCGGUCGGCGCCAGCUAGAGGCCGGCAUGUGCGGCAUCCUCAUCACUUGCAACAUGAACGAGCGCAAGUGCGUGGCCGAAGCUUACAGCCUGCUGGGCGAGUACGGAGAGCAGCUCUACGGGCCCGAGCAGUUUGCAGAGCGAGAGGAUGACAGGCUCUCUGGGAAUGAGGAGGAGGAAGAAGAGGAGGAAGAUGAUGCUGAGGCAGCUUUGAAAAAAGAAGUGGAUCAGAUCCGUACCUCUACGGAACAGAAGCAGCGUCGGUUCCAGUCGGUGGAGAGUGGUGCUAACAACGUGGUUUUUAUUCGGACGCUGGGUGUCGAACCUGAGAAGUUGGUCCACCACAUCCUAAAGGACAUGCAUGCCACCAAAAAGAAGAAAACUAGGGUCAUCUUGCGCAUGCUCCCUGUGUCGGGCACCUGCAAAGCCUUUCUCGAAGACAUGAAGCGGUAUGCAGAGACCUUUUUCGAACCCUGGUUCAAAAGCCCCCAAAAGGGCACUUUCCAGAUUGUUUACAAGGCGCGAAAUAACAGCCACCUCAGCAGGGAAGAAGUUAUAAAAGAGCUAGCAGGCGUAGUGGGCCACCUCAACCCAGAAAACAAGGUCGACCUGAGUAACCCCGAAUACACCAUUGUGGUGGAGAUCAUCAAGAACAUCUGCUGCUUGAGUGUGGUCAAGGACUACGUUCUCUUCCGAAAGUACAACCUUCAGGAGGUGGUGAAAAGCAAAGCAGAGGGGCAGCCAGAGGCUCCUAAACCAUCCCACGAGAACGACACGCCUGGAGCGGAAACAACCGAAGCGCAGAAGGAAAACCAAAACGAGCGCCAAGGGAAGACGGAGACCGCUUCCAACGACAAUCAUGAGGACUAGGACCGUGAAUGAAAGAGCCAAGAAUUUAAAAAAGGAAAAAUCUGCAGGAUGGGUGGCUGGUUGAUGAUGUCAGGGGUUGAUGUUUGUUCUCUAGGUCAGGAGUCUCCAACCUUAGUAACUUUAAGGUUUGUGGACUUCAACUCCCAGAGUUCCUCAGCCAGCAAAGCUGGGAGUUGAAGUCCACAAGCCUUAAAGUUAGUAAGAGUUGGAGACCUCUGCUGUAGGUGACUUGGCUAAAGCGCAGUUCGUCUCAGACAAUCUCCCCCCACCAUUCCUGCCUUGUAGUUAUGUAUUCUGGAUUGGGAGGUGCGGGGUUCCAACUGAAUGAUUCAAGCCACGGUUUUCACAACCUGUAAUUCAGGGCUGUCCAGUCUCGGCAACUUUUAAAAUCUGUGGACUUCCAACUCCCAGAAUUCCCCAUUCAGCUAUUCUGGGAGUUGUAGUCCAUAGGUUUUCAUGCUGUCAAAGAUGGUCCAAGGGCCACGUGUUCCAUACAAAACAAUUGUGGUUGGAUCAAACUCUGGCUAGCCGUUUCCUGACCCAGAGCCACUUAUGAGUCCUAUCCUUUGGACGAAAAAGCACUAUGCUGACCCGCCAAAUAUUUUUCUGCUGGAUUUUCUUCCCAAUCCAGAUGGCCCCACGUUCUGGCUUUUUAAAGUUUAAAGUUAAAAUUACAAAACCGCAGCCAAGUUUGGGUAAUGGGAGGUGGGGCUGGGUGUAUGUGUGGAUCGUUCCUAAAUUAUGCCUGAGGUUGAAAGUAGUUGAUACUAGAAAAGUUGGCUUAUUAAAGGUUUUAAAAUUAUCCCUUCCUAUUCUGAUUAUCAUGACAAAAAAACUCCCAGUUUUUUUUUUUAUUCUGGAGUAGGGAGGUCAACAAAGGCUACGCUGCCUAUUCGCUUGUAGUUGGUAUUUUUUUAAUCCUGUUUUUAACUCUUGAUCCUCAACCGUUUGUGUCUCCAAAUCGUAGAUUUUUUUCCCCAAGGAAAUUAUGGCAGCUGUUUACUGCCAGAUUUUCAUGUGUGAUCACGGUUCUAGUUACCAAGCCGGCAUCCUGAUGCGAAGUCUAGCAGGACGUGAGAACAAAAGUGAUCCCUCUCCUCUUGAGCUGGUGGAUCUGGGGAUCUCGUAUUCUGAUCCCCUCUGGAAAAACAGCACCUCUUAAGAUGUCAUUCAGUCUAUGACAGGGGUCUCUAAACUUGGCAACUUUGAGACAGGUGGGUUUUGACUCCCAGAAUUCCUCAGCUUCAGCCAUGCGUGAAUUCUGGGAGUUGAAGUCCACAAAGUCUUAAAAGUGGCCAAGUUUGGAGACUCCCCCCCCCCCCUCAAGUCUAUGAGAAUAGGUAGUUUAAUGUUUUGGUACUUUUUCUAACCUGGAAACAUGUUCAGGUUUUUCUUGUAAUUCUUUUUAACAGGUGAAUAUUGAGCCUGGAGGAACUUUUAUGGGCUUGCUUUGUAGAGAGCCUUCUUAAGCAAAUUGUAAAAUAUUAACCGAACGGGGCUUUGGGGAAAAUAUACAUCUUUCGUUGGAAAAUGUUCUAUUCGCAGUUACAUUGUUAGAAAGGCAUGUUAACGCUCCAAACUUAUAAUUCUUGCGCAGAUGUUUAAGGAGAGAAAAAUCCAGCUUUUCUCUGGGAGGGAUUUCUUGUCUGAAAAUAAACAUUCACAGCGUAACAUCAUUGCAGGGGUAUAAUACUUUCCAGUUUGUACGUGGUCUUUCUUUUUUUGUACGUUGUUUUCUAUUAAAUUGACCUUCGUUUGAUUUGGAA